AUGGCGGGGGACAAUGGGUUUGAUCCUCUGGCUCUAGCAGAGGACCCUGAGAACUUGAAAUGGUUCGUUCAAGCAGAGCUAGUCAAUGGCCGGUGGGCGAUGCUCGGUGUCGCCGGAAUGCUUUUACCGGAAGUCUUCACCAAGAUUGGAAUCAUUAACGCACCGGAAUGGUAUGACGCCGGGAAAGAGCAAUACUUUGCAUCAUCGUCGACAUUGUUCGUUAUUGAGUUUAUACUUUUCCAUUACGUUGAGAUCAGAAGGUGGCAAGACAUCAAGAACCCGGGAAGUGUGAACCAAGAUCCGAUCUUUAAGCAAUAUAGCUUACCUGCUAAUGAAGUUGGUUAUCCAGGCGGAAUCUUUAACCCGCUUAACUUCGCUCCCACGCUCGAGGCUAAGGAGAAAGAGCUUGCCAACGGGAGGCUGGCGAUGCUGGCGUUUUUAGGGUUUGUGGUUCAACACAACGUAACUGGAAAAGGGCCAUUUGAGAACUUGUUGCAGCACUUGUCUGAUCCAUGGCACAACACUAUCGUCCAAACAUUUAGCGGCCAAAACUCUUAA